AUGUCGAACGGAAUUCUCGCGAUCCUUCUGGCAAUCACUAACAAUUCGCCCGUCGGGGAUGACAUAGAAAACGCGUUCAGAACCUUCAAUGCCGAUUAUCUGUACGGAAAUGCAUCGGCCUACAUUCGCGAUACGGUGGAAUUCGAUCAGCAGUACGACUUCAUAGUGGUGGGCGCAGGAACGGGUGGUUGUGUAAUGGCCAACCGGCUUAGUGAAAAUCCAAAUUGGUCGGUUCUGCUGUUGGAAGCAGGCAAGGAGGAAAAUGUGCUUCUCAGUGUACACCAAAACCUCCAUUUAGCUUCGUUUCGUUUAGACUACAACUGGAACUACCACCCGCAACCGAUGGCAACUGCAUGCAUGAGUCUUCCAAAUGGGACUUGUCCUUGGCCACGGGGCCGUGGCUUAGGGGGAUCGAGUUUGUUGAACUUUAUGGUUUAUACGCGAGGCCAUGGGCUUGACUAUGACGACUGGGCAGCGGCUGGAAACUACGGUUGGAGCUAUGAAGAAGUGUUACCGUAUUUCUUGAAAGGCGAGGGAAGCUAUAUAAAAAUCUCUGAAAAUCCUUUCGAAACGCCAUUACUCGAUAAGUUCAAACGUGCAAUGGACAAUUUUGGAUACAAUGAAAUUGAUCCGUAUGCUCAAAAACAACUUGGGUAUUACAAAAUACGUUCAACAACUUAUGAAGGUCAGCGGUACAGUGCCGCUCGAGACUAUCUUCACCCUGUAAAAGACAGACCAAAUUUGCACAUUUCUAUGGAAUCUCGCGUUACAAAAGUCCUGAUUGACGCACCAACAACAACUGCUUAUGGAGUGGAAUUUAUGAAGCACGGCAUUCUGCAUAAAGUGAAAACUCGCAAAGAAGUCAUUCUGUGUGCCGGUGCUAUUGCUUCGCCUCAGUUACUGAUGUUGUCAGGGAUCGGACCGCAACGCCAUCUAGAAACUCAUGGAAUACCCGUCAUUCAAUCCCUCAAUGUUGGAUAUAACCUGCACGAUCACUGUACGUACACUGAUCUGAACUUUCUUCUCAAUCAAACUGUCACAAUGGUUCCGGAUAAAACAACGGCUGAACUAUUUCAAGAAUACAUCACAAACCACACCGGUCCAUUCUCGAUUCCAGCUCGGUUCGAGUCAAUCGCCUUCGUCAAAACUCCUCACUCGAUUCUACCCGCAGAAUACCCCGACAUAGAGAUUAUGCUCGUUUCAACAUAUCUCAACGGAGAGAACACAGACGCUGGCUUUGAACUGCUUGGAAUUCCGCAGCUCAUUAACGGCAGCAUAUUCGUCAACUUCCCAGGACACGAUAGGUUCAGCCUGUUCCCCGUCAUAAUGCGUCCGAGGAGUCGUGGCAGAAUUUCUCUGAAAUCCUCCAAUCCGUUUGUGCCGCCACUCAUGGAACCUAACUAUCUGAGCAACCAACACGAUAUUAUCACCCUAAUAGAUGGUAUGAAAAUGGUAAUUAGAAUAGCUGAAUCGCAAAGCUUCGCUCAAUACGGAGCCCGCCUGGAUCCAACGCCGGUACCAGCCUGUGCCCAUCUACGGUUCAGAAGCAACCGAUACUGGAGAUGCGUUGUCCGGCAGCUGGGCAAGAAUAUCCACCACCAGUCGGGAACGUGCAAAAUGGGACCGGCGAGUGAUCCCACGGCCGUCGUCAACCCCGAGCUGCAGGUGCACGGUGUAAGGAAUUUGCGCGUGGUAGACACUUCCGUAAUUCCUUUGCCAAUCGCCGGACACCCGAAUGGGGUUGUUUUUAUGAUUGGCGAGAAGGCAGCUGAUAUGGUGAAGCAGCACUGGGCACGUAGUGGCAAACGGUGCACGAGUUUAUAA